CGGCAAGCAACACUAAAUUUUUACUUUAAUUUAUAAAUUUAUUAGAUUUUCUGCUUAAAAAGUGUAAAUACCAGUUCUUGUAUACAGUAUUAUUCGAGUAAACUAAUCAAAAUGGAUCAAAUGUUACCAAGUCCCUAUAACAUUCCGGGUAUCGGUACCCCAUUACACCAGCCCGAAGAAGAUCAACAAAUAUUGCCAAAUGCCAUGCAACAACAACAGCAUCAGCAACAACAACAGCAGCAACAUCAUCAACCAUCUCUAGUAUCAUUGGGCUCCUCGCCAUUCGGUUCAUCUCUCAUAGGCACCCCACUCAGAACUAUGCACACCUAUGCUCCAACAGCGAGCUAUUCAACACCACAGCAAAUGAUGCAGCCCCAGACACCACAAAAUUUAAUGUCUCCAAUGAUCACUGGCGGUAGCGUCAUGCAACAGAUUUUGCCACAUACAAGUCCCGCACCCAUGACACCGAUGACUCCCCAUUCAGCUGAUCCAGGGAUUUUGCCACAAUUGCAAAACAUUGUUGCAACCGUAAACCUUAAUUGUAAGUUAGAUUUGAAGAAAAUAGCUCUACAUGCACGAAAUGCUGAGUACAAUCCUAAGAGAUUUGCCGCUGUAAUUAUGAGAAUAAGAGAACCAAGGACAACGGCCCUGAUAUUCUCAUCGGGCAAAAUGGUCUGCACUGGAGCAAAAAGUGAAGAAGAUUCCAGAUUAGCUGCCAGAAAAUAUGCUAGGAUUAUUCAAAAACUUGGAUUUACUGCCAAAUUUUUAGAUUUUAAAAUACAGAAUAUGGUUGGGAGCUGUGAUGUUAAAUUUCCUAUUCGCUUAGAGGGCUUAGUGCUAACCCACGGACAGUUUAGCUCCUAUGAACCAGAGUUGUUUCCUGGACUUAUCUAUAGAAUGGUGAAACCAAGAAUAGUGUUACUUAUAUUUGUUUCUGGAAAAGUUGUACUGACUGGUGCUAAAGUUCGUCAAGAAAUAUAUGAGGCAUUUGAUAACAUUUAUCCUAUAUUGAAGAGUUUCAAAAAACAAUAGAAAUUAAGAUUUAAGUUUUUAAU